UUUGAUUCUCUAUGAAUUGGGUCAGUUUGAUUGAUCAAAUUUUCUUCUCUUUGAAUUGGGUCAGUUUGGAUUCGAUUUAAAUUUCCUUUUUGGCUUCAUGUCGGCUUGUUUGCACCAUGCGAAUUUCCUGCAACUUUUUUUACUUACUAAGAAGCUCUUCCCACAUGGUGGUGGGUCUUUUGUCGCCGCACGUGUGCUUACAGCAACAACCUGAUUGUCGAAACCCAAUAAAAUAUAGAAGGGACAUUAAAAGGAGCUGCCAGAGAAGGCAGGAGAUUUUGCCUGCCAACUGUUUGACUGGUGAACAUGACGAAGUGGAUGCUGGUCCGCGAGUGUUUGUCCUCUCAGACUUGCACACAGACUAUGCAGAAAACAUGGCGUGGGUGAAAUGCUUAUCGACCAUGAGAUACAGGAGGGAUGUUCUUCUCGUGGCUGGUGAUGUGGCAGAGACAUAUAAGAACUUUGUGCUGACCAUGUCUGUGUUGAAGGAUAGGUUCCAAAGCGUCUUUUAUGUACCUGGAAACCAUGAUCUCUGGUGCCGAUUCGAGGGGGAGAAAUAUCCUGAUUCCAUCGAGAAGCUGAAUGCAUUGCUUGAUGCAUGUAGUAGGCUCGGAGUGGAAACCAACCCAAGAAUCGUGGAUGGUUUGGGAAUCAUACCUUUGUUCUCUUGGUAUCAUGAGAGUUUCGAUAAAGAGAAGGACAUAAAUGGCUUCCGGAUACCUUCAUUGGAGAUGGCAUGCAAGGACUUCCAUGCAUGCAAAUGGCCUUUGGGAUUGUCAAGCAAAGAUACCUCUCUUGCACAGUACUUUGAUGCAAUGAAUGAGAAGAAUAAUGAUUCAGUCGAGGAAAUUGUGAGGAUCAGUGGCCAAACUAUAACUUUCUCUCACUUUCUGCCAAGGCCGGAGUUGUGUCCCGAGAAGAGAAUGCUCUUCUAUCCUAACCUUCCAAAGAUCAUUGGCUCCGAUUAUUUGGAGGCCCGCGUGAGGUCCAUACAUGAAAAAGGUAGCAGCUCAUCAGCUUGCCAUGUAUUUGGUCACACACACUUCUGUUGGGAUGCUAUGCUUGAUGGCAUCAGGUACGUUCAGGCACCCUUGGCUUACCCAAGAGAGAGGAAAAGGAGAAUGAACGGUGGUGGGGAUUGGUUGCCGUUUUGCAUUUAUAAUGAUGGGCGUUUGGGCGAUAGAUUAUCACCUUGCUACUGGUCUGAUUACUACUCCAAUAACAAAAGAGAACCUGAAAACAUGGUGCUUGCACCAUGGGUUGCUAGAUUUUACGCAAGGUAGCCCCUCUCCUUUUUUAUCUCAUUGAUUUUCUGUAUUUAUAUUCUGUAUCAUGAAAAUUCUCUAGAAACAGUUUUUUUUUUUUCCUUACUUUUAUUGAUUCUUCUAUCUCUACUAUAAAUAAUGUGAGUAGCCAUGGACAAUUUUGCCCAUCCAAUCUUCAGAGAUUCAUGAAAUUUGGAUUUUAAAAGGACAUUGGAAGGAUUCCAAGCAUAGGGAAUGUGGUAUUUAUGUGAUUUGAA